AUGUUCGUGGGCAUCUACGACGGUUCAACGGGCCCGACGCCACAGACUACCUCGUCGCGCACCUGUACGCGGCCGUGUGCCGCGAGCUCGACGGCGUACUGCUGCGCGCGGAGGAGGACAGCGACGACGAGGAGGCGGUGCAGUGCAACGGCGGCGGCGGCCGCGGUGCCCGCGCAUGCGGCGCUCGGGUGCGCGACCACGACGUGCUGGACGCGCUGGCGCGCGCUGAGGAGCACGGAGGCCGGGUACUUCGCGGAGGCGGAGGCGCGCGAGGCGGAGUGCCCGGAGCUGGCGAUGAUGGGGUCGUGCGUGCUGGUGGCGCUGGUGAAGGGCGCCGACGUGUACGUGAUGAACGUCGGCGACAGCCGCGACGUGCUGGCGCAGCGCGCCGAGCCCGACCUGUCGCGGUCCCUCGUCGGCGUCAAGGAGGAGAUCAAGCGGCAGUUCGACGCGUGCGAGAUGGGGGACCUCGCCGCGCUGCAGCUCACCAUGGACCACAGCACCAGCGUCUACAAGGAGGCGAGAAGGAUCAGGAACGAGCACCCCGAUGAUCCUGCCUGCAUCGUGAAUGGCAGGGUGAAGGGUUCGUUGAAGGUGACGAGAGCAUUCGGAGCCGGCUACCUGAAAGAGCCGAGGUGGAACAAGGCUCUGCUGGAGGUGUUCCGGGUGAAGUACGUGGGGACGUCGCCGUACAUCAGCUGCCGGCCGUACCUCCGGCACCACCGCGUGGGGCCACGGGACAAGUUCAUGAUCCUCGCCUCCGACGGCCUCUACGACUACCUGAGCAACGAGGAGGUGGUGGCGCAGGUGGAGGCCUUCACCUCCAGCUACCCCGACGAGGACCCCGCCAAGUACCUCAGCCACGAGAUCCUCCUCCGCGCCGCCAACCAAGCCGGAAUGGGGUUCCAUGAGUUGCUCGAGCUGCAGCAAGGCGACCGGAGGCGGUACCAUGACGACGUCUCCAUCAUCAUCAUCUCGUUGGAGGGGAAGAUUUGGAGCUCAUCAUAG